AUGGGCUCUUUCUGCGCUAAGCCUGAUGCGGCUCCCAAGGACGAUGUGCAUGAGGGUGAGAAGAACUACCAGGAGGGAGAGAAGUCUUUCAACGACGCCAAUGUAGAGGCGAAGUCGAAGGAGCAGCCGUGCGAUAAGGCCGACGCGGCAAAGGACGUCGAGGCAACGGACGGCGAGGCAAAGUGCGCCGAGGCGGAGGGCGUCGAGGCAACGGACGGUGAGGCAAAGUGCACCGAGGCGGAGGGCGUCGAGGCAACGGACGGCGAGGCAAAGUGCGCUGAGGCGGAGGACAUGGAGGAGAAGCAGGAAAAGUUCGAGGUGGACCCCAAGAACGAGUCGGAUGAUAUGGAAAGACAGGCGGACGAAAAGCGGGAGGAAUGGGAGCAGAAGGUCGAGGAGGAGGGCCAGCAUAUCACCGACGACACCGAAAACCACAUCAGCUGCAGCGGUUGA